UCCGUACUAUCAGAUGUGAGCGUAACUGUUUAUUAGCAUCGCAACCUACCUACAACCUCUUAUAAGAGCUGCAAAUCGUGCUCUACCAUAUACUUAUCUAGGUAAUUGGUCCUGCGGAUCGAGUCAAUUUCGAUGCCUAGAUAACUUCAAGCCCUCUUGUUCCUAUAGACUCCGCGUCAUAGUAGAAUGCAAAUUAGCGUUAAGUCCGGGUUCAUUUCCUGAAUAAUAGUAUCAAUCUAUUAAACACCGAGUAAGGAAGAUAGAAGAUGAGUUCGCAGGCAUGUAGUUAUCAUAUAGUAGCUUGAAGAUUGUCUAUAUAAUCUAGCUGUUGAACCACCAUCAAGGGACACAAUAUCAUCCUCAUCGCAUUCCUUCGCACCUCAAACAUCACCAGUAGUCUCAGAUAUAUCUACUCACCUCUUCCUCGCCAUAUCAAAUCCGAACUAUAUACCCAUGGCCGCCACCGUCGACAAGUCAAAGCAGUAUUUCCCCCUCGCCGGCAGCGCCAGCGACGGCUGGUCCACGGAGACCGAAGCGACAGCAACAUGCUUCUGCGGUGCCGUGCAGCUCGCCUUCCCUCUCCAAAAGCCCGGCCUGAUAGACACAUUCGUCUGCCACUGCAGCGACUGCCACAAGAUCACCGCCUCCAUGUUCGCAUCGAACUUCAUCGUAGCAGACGCCUACCUGCGCCACCUCCGGGGCCGCGAGACCCUAAAGCAGUUCGGGCAGAGCAAGACCAUCGCCUCGGGCCACCGCAUGACGAACCACUUCUGCGGCGCCUGCGGCACGCUCAUGUACCGCGUUGGCGCGCAGUGGCCCGGCGCGAGUAUCCUGCGCAUCGGCACCGUCGACGACUUUAGCUUGCAGGACACCGUGCUGCGCCCGCGCGUCGAGCAGUUCGUCGAGGAGCGGAUGAGCUGGCUCGGUGAGGUUAAGGGCGCUGCUGAGAGGGUCGAGGGGAUGGCGAAGUUUGGAUGAGGGUCUAGGGGGAAGGGGGGCAAGACUGUGCUAUGAACGGAUGGUUGGUUUCGGUGCUCGGGUUGGACUUACCGUCCGGGGCGGCAAGGCGGUCUUCUCCUCAUCCCCCGUCAGCUUUACGUACGCGCAUAAUCAUGAGUCCAUGGUUGGAUUAGUUUCGUA